AUGGAGAAGAGAUUGGAGGCCAAGUUCAGCAUUAGCACCCGAUUUCUGUCACGAUACUGCCUGGGAAAACCUGCAAGGGAGCUGAGAAGCCUGCAGCUGUUCUACCUGUGCGCUUGCCUGUGUGCCUUGUGCUCCUCAGCAGAUGCAAACUGGAACAGAUCUAAAUGCGAGCCAAGGAGGAUCCUGUUUGGUGGCCGUUUGAGAUCGUGGGAAGAUCACCAUUUACAGCUUCUGGAAGGAUUUCAUACUGUAAGGUCCUGUCAGACUGCCUGCUGCCAGAGCCCCACCUGUGAUGCCUUUUGGUUCUUGGAAAAUAUGUGCAUCCAGGUGAAUUGCACUAUGCCUGGCAUGUGUCGGGCAAACAGGACUGGCUCUUCUGACUCUGUUUUGGUGUUUUUAAAGAAAUCAAAAAGCACUGAGCACUUCUCCAAGUUUCAGACGGAACAUGAUGUGAAGACCUGGUUUCACAAGUGGUUGGACUGGGACAUCCCUGUCCAGGGGAAAAAAAGACUGCGGAGGUCGUUCCGGAAGAGGAGCUUGGCAGGUAACAGGAUGGAAAUCCUGAAAAGGAAUGUAGCAGUGAGCCCUGGCGGUGAGGCUGCAGCCAGAGCAUCAGGCAGCAAGUCGAGAAGCCGCCGAAGUGCAGUGGAGCACUCGAAGGACCGAGUGGCAGACAAGCCUGUCCCUGACGACCGUCCAAACCAAAAGAAAGACUCGCUGAAACAGGGACAGAAUCCAAGAGAGCAGAAAACCAAACCCCUGCUGCCUCCUGAAAGCAAUAACGUGACUAGAUGGAGUGAUGCACACAGCGGUGGUUUGCCACAGAUCCACACAGGAACGUCUGCACCAGAACCAUCAGUGCUGGCUACUUUCUUCAGCCCUGUAGCACAGGGCUUGACAGCCACAGGAAAGAUGGAGAAGCCUGGGCAGCCGGAGAAGCCUGGGCAGCCAGAGAAGCCUGGGCAGCCAGACGAUGCUUCGGUCCAUUCUCACUCCUCAGAUGUGCUGCCCACAGUCAGUCCCGUGCCACGGAAGAGCACAGCGAAGCUGCAGACAGCUACGCCUGUGCCAAGUGGAGUUCCCACGAAUGGCAGUGCUUCGACAGUCCGGACCAGCACUGCUGUGUCACCGAGUACUGCUGCCACCACACCAGUUAUGAAGGAGCUGGUGGUUUCUGCUGGAGACAGCGUGGAAGUGACCCUGCCAAAGAACGAAGUGCAGCUGAAUGCAUUUGUUCUUCCCGAGCCACCACCUCGAACCACUUAUUCCUACGAGUGGGAACUGAUUACUCAUCCAAAAGACUACAGUGGAGAAAUGGAAGGGAAGCACUCCCAGACCCUUAAGUUAUCUAAGCUUACUGUCGGUCUGUAUGAAUUCAAAGUCGUCGUUGAUGGGGAAAACGCCCGCGGAGAGGGUUACGUGAAUGUGACAGUGAAUCCAAAGCCUCGGGUGAAUCAGCCUCCUGUUGCCAUCGUGUCCCCACAGUUCCAGGAGAUUUCACUGCCAACCAUUUCAACUGUCAUUGAUGGCAGCCAAAGCACUGAUGAUGAUAAAAUUGUCAGCUAUCACUGGGAGGAGCUGAAGGGCCCCUUGCGGGAGGAAAAGGUUUCUAGUGAUACUGCCGUAUUGAAGCUGACCAACCUGGUACCCGGGAACUACACCUUCAGUCUAACAGUAGUGGACUCAGAUGGUGCCAGCAACUCCACCACUGCGAACUUGACUGUGAACAAAGCGGUGGAUUAUCCUCCAGUGGCAAACGCAGGCCCGAACCAAGUGAUCACCCUGCCUCAGAACUCCAUCACCCUCUAUGGGAAUCAGAGCACCGAUGAUCACAGCAUCGUCAGCUACGAGUGGCUGCUCAGCCCUAACAGCAAAGGGAAGGUGAUGGAGAUGCAGGGAGUGAGGACACCGGUCUUACAGCUCUCUGCAAUGCAAGAAGGUGAUUACACUUACCAGCUCAUAGUGACUGAUUCUGCUGGGCACCAGUCCACUGCAGAGGUCACUGUGAUAGUCCAGCCAGAGAACAAUAAGCCCCCAAAGGCGGAUGCUGGUCCAGAUAAAGAAUUAACUCUUCCUGUGGACAGCACCACUCUAGAUGGCAGCAAGAGCUCAGAUGACCAGAAGAUUGUCUCCUUUCUUUGGGAGCAAACACGGGGCCCAGAUGGUGUCAAACUGGAUAAUGCCAACAGUAGCAUUGCCACUGUAACAGGCCUUCAAGUUGGGACGUACGAGUUUACUCUGACAGUUAAAGAUGAGAGGAACUUGCAGAGCCAAAGCUCGGUCAACGUCAUUGUCAAAGAAGAGAUAAACAAGCCACCAGUUGCAAAGAUUGCUGGUAACGUUGUCAUCACCUUGCCCACAAAUACAGCUGAGUUGGAUGGAUCGAAGUCCUCUGAUGAUAAGGGAAUUGUCAGCUACUUGUGGACCCGGGAUGAGGGGAGCCCUGCAGCUGGGGAAGUCUUAAAUAAUUCAGACCAUCAUCCUGUCCUCGUCCUGUCCAAUCUGGUAGAAGGGACCUACACAUUCCACCUCAAAGUAACAGACGCCAAAGGAGAAAGUGAUGUGGAGAGGACCACAGUGGAAGUCAAACCUGAUCCUAGGAAAAAUAACCUUGUGGAGAUAAUUCUGGAUGUUAACGUCAGCCAGCUGACUGAGAGGCAGAAGGGUAUGUUCAUCCGACAGAUCGGCGUUCUGCUGGGGGUCCUCGACUCCGACAUCACUGUGCAAAAGAUCCAGCCGUACACUGAGCAAAGCACGAAGAUGGUGUUUUUUGUACAGAGCCAGCCUCCCCAUCAGAUAUUCAAAGGACGAGAGGUAGCCUGGACGCUAAAGAACGAACUACGGAAACAACAGUCAGACUUCCUCAUCUUCCGGGCGCUGGAAAUUAACACAGUCACGUGUCAGCUGAACUGCUCCGAGCACGGCCGCUGCGACUCCUUCACCAAGCGUUGCGUCUGUGACCCUUUCUGGAUGGAGAACUUCGUCAGGGUGCAGAUGGGGGACGGCGAAAGCAACUGUGAGUGGAGUGUGCUGUACGUGAUCAUUGCAUCUUUCGUCAUUGUGGUUGCCUUUGGAAUCUUAUCCUGGAUGGUGAUCUGCUGUUGCAAGAGACGAAAAGGAAAAUCCAAAAGAAAAAGCAAAUACAAGAUUUUGGAUGCAACGGAUCAAGAAAGCCUGGAGUUAAAACCAAAUCCCAAAGCAGGUAGACAGAAAGCCCAGGUCCUCAACACUAGCCUGAUGCACUCGGAGUCUGAACUGGACAGCGAUGAAGCCAUCUUCACGUGGCCUGACCGUGAGAAAGGGAAGCUGCUGCGGAGCCAGAACGGCUCCCUGCGCAAUGGACAAGUGACGCUCAAAGCCAAGAACCAGAGGGAGGAAAUCCUAUAG